AUGGCUUCGGAAGAACUGCGCGAGAAAACACUGAAAUCUCCGCACGUCAGUGCAGAUGUUGAGGUUGAACAAGGCCGGUUGGAUGAUCUACAACCCGAGUUCGACGCCUCCGAAGAAAAAGAAGCGGACUAUGACUAUGAAUCGGAACACUCGCCAUUCCCUGAAGUACGGGCCGUUGUGCCUGAAACCGAUGACCCUGGCAUGCCUGUCAACACGUUUCGCAUGUGGGUGCUUGGCUUCAUCUUCACCAUAGUGGGCUCAGGAAUCAACCAAUUCUUCUCGCUCCGGUAUCCGUCAGUGCACAUCGUAUCGCUGGUAGCAGAGUUACUGGCUUAUCCAUGCGGCGUCUUCCUCGCCAAAGUCUUGCCCUUGUGGACCAUCAGCCUCGGACCGCUAGGGACUUUCACCCUCAAUCCAGAUCGCCAUUUCAAUAUCAAAGAGCAUGCCCUCAUCGUUAUCAUGAGCAACGUCUCGUUCGGCUACGGAAGCGCAGACUCGACAAACAUCAUUCAAGCAUCGAGCGCCAAAUUCUACAAUUUCGGGCUGUCCGCUGGGUUCUCCGUCUUGGUGGUCCUUUGUGCACAGCUGUUGGGAUUCGGAGUGGCAGGGCUGGCUGCGCCGUGGCUAGUUGAGCCUGCAAGGAUCAUCUGGCCACAAGUUUUGUCGAACUGUGCCAUGUUGGAGACCCUCCACUCGCGUGCGAACACUGUCGCCAAUGGCUGGAAGAUCUCCCGUCUGCGGUUCUUCCUCUAUGUUACUGCUGGUGGUUUCGUGUGGUACUUCUUUCCCGGGUUGAUGUUUACAGCACUCUCAUACUUUACCUGGAUCUGCUGGAUUGCUCCUCGCAAUGUGGUAGUGAAUCAGUUGUUCGGGAUGCAGACUGGCUUGGGACUCAGCCCUAUCACGUUCGAUUGGAGUCAGGUUGCGUACAACACCAAUCCCCUCCUUUCCCCAUCAUGGGCUGCAAUCAACGUCUUUGCUGGUUUCGCUAUUUUCUUCUGGAUCGUGGUCCCAGGAAUCUACUAUAGCAACACAUGGUACACGGCCUAUCUUCCUUUGAUGACCGCUGACGUCUAUGACCGGACCGGCACCGAAUACAACACAACCCGUGUCAUCAGCACCGACAACACUCUUGACGUCGAUGCCUACAGAAAGUAUUCGCCCCCAUACCUACCAGCAACAUACGCCUUCGUCUACGGCCUGUCGUUCGCCUCAAUCACCGCAGUCCUCACCCACAUCGGUGUCUGGCAUGGAAAGGAAGUAUGGGCUGCCCUCAAAGGCAAGAACAAGCUCGACGUCCACGCCCGACUGAUGAAAUCCUACAAAAAGACGCCUUGGUACUGGUAUGCCGCUGUCAUCGCCAUCAUCACCGCCAUUGCAAUCGUCAUGGUCGAGGUAUACCACACCAAGCUCCCAGUCUACGGCGUCUUCCUAGGCUUGAUUAUCCCAGCCCUCUACAUGGUACCCUGCGGCAUCAUUCAAGGCAUCACCAACGUUGACGCCAACCAACUGAACGUCCUCGCCGAAUUCGUCGGCGGCUACAUGUUCGAAGGCAAGCCUCUCGCCAACAUGAUCUUCAAGAUUCUCAGUACCGACGUCGUGGGCCAGGGCGUCUACUUUGCCAUGGACAUGAAACUCGGCCACUACUUGAAAAUCCCCCCGCGCACACUCUUCAUGGCGCAAGGUCUAGCCACCAUUCUCGGCGCCCUCACCCAAGCCGGCGUAACAAUCUGGAUGCUCGGACACAUCAACGACAUCUGCGACUCCAAUCAACCCGACGGAUUCACCUGCCCCAACGGCCGAACAGUCUACUCCUCCUCCGUCAUCUGGGGUCUAGUGGGUCCUCGUCGUCUCUACUCCGUCGGAAAGAUCUACUCUUCUCUACUCCAUUUCUUCUGGAUCGGAGCCAUCGCCCCAUUGAUCACCUACCUGUUAUACAAAUACACCCGCCAACAAUUCUGGAAAUACAUCAACUGGCCCCUCAUCUUCGUCGGAACCUACAACGUCCCACCCGCAACCGGAAUCAACUACUCCAGCUGGGCCCUCGUAAACUUCGCCUUCAACCACUUCAUCAAAAAGCGUUUCUUCGCCUGGUGGAAAAAAUACAAUUACAUUCUUGCCGCCGCGCUGGACACCGGCCUUGCCCUCAGCGGCAUCGUCAUCUUUUUCUGCAUUUCUUACCCCGGCGCGGUGUUUCCCAAUUGGUGGGGGAAUACUGUUUAUCUGAAUACGGCGGACGGGGAGGGUGUGGCGUAUAAGGCUAUGCCUGAGGUUGGGUACUUUGGGCCUGCGAAUGGGACGUGGAGUUGA